GGGGCGUUGGGGGCUUGAUUAGGUAGGCGACGAAGCGCCGGCGGCGCCGGAAGUAGCCGAAGCCAGCGGCGGAAGUAGCCGAAGCGGCCAGAGCGGGCGGGCGGCAAGGCGAGGCGAGAGCUGCACAAGGCCCUACGCGGCCGCCUCAGCAUGUCGGACUUCGACGAGUUCGAGCGGCAGCUCAACGAGAAUAAACAAGAACGGGACAAGGAGAACCGCCAUCGGAAGCGCAGCCACAGCCGCUCUCGAAGUCGGGACCGCAAACGCAGGAGCCGGAGCCGGGACCGGCGCAACCGGGACCAACGCAGUGCCUCUCGGGACAGGCGACGACGAAGCAAACCUUUGACCAGAGGCGCUAAAGAGGAGCACGGUGGAUUGAUUCGUUCCCCCCGCCAUGAGAAGAAGAAGAAGGUUCGUAAAUACUGGGACGUGCCACCACCUGGCUUUGAGCACAUCACCCCAAUGCAGUACAAGGCCAUGCAAGCUGCGGGUCAGAUUCCAGCUACCGCUCUUCUCCCCACCAUGACCCCUGAUGGUCUGGCUGUGACCCCAACGCCUGUGCCUGUGGUUGGGAGCCAGAUGACUAGACAAGCCCGGCGCCUCUACGUGGGCAACAUCCCCUUUGGCAUCACUGAGGAGGCCAUGAUGGAUUUCUUCAACGCCCAGAUGCGCCUGGGGGGGCUAACCCAGGCCCCUGGUAACCCGGUCUUGGCUGUGCAGAUUAACCAAGACAAGAAUUUUGCCUUUUUGGAGUUCCGCUCAGUGGAUGAGACCACCCAGGCCAUGGCCUUUGAUGGCAUCAUCUUCCAGGGCCAGUCACUGAAGAUCCGCAGGCCUCAUGACUACCAGCCACUGCCUGGCAUGUCAGAGAAUCCCUCUGUCUAUGUGCCUGGAGUUGUGUCCACUGUGGUCCCUGACUCUGCCCACAAGCUGUUCAUUGGGGGCUUACCUAACUACCUGAAUGAUGACCAGGUAAAAGAGCUACUGACAUCGUUUGGGCCUCUUAAGGCCUUCAACCUGGUCAAGGACAGUGCCACAGGGCUCUCUAAGGGCUAUGCCUUCUGUGAGUACGUGGACAUCAACGUCACAGAUCAGGCCAUUGCUGGGCUGAAUGGGAUGCAGCUAGGGGAUAAAAAGCUGCUCGUCCAGAGGGCGAGCGUGGGAGCCAAGAACGCCACGCUGGUGAGCCCCCCGAGCACCAUCAACCAGACUCCAGUGACACUGCAGGUGCCGGGCCUGAUGAGCUCACAGGUGCAGAUGGGCGGCCACCCUACUGAGGUUCUGUGCCUCAUGAACAUGGUGCUGCCAGAGGAGCUGCUGGAUGAUGAGGAGUAUGAGGAGAUCGUGGAGGACGUGCGGGAUGAGUGCAGCAAGUACGGCCUCGUCAAGUCCAUCGAAAUCCCCCGGCCUGUGGAUGGCGUCGAGGUCCCCGGCUGCGGAAAGAUCUUCGUGGAGUUCACCUCUGUGUUCGACUGCCAGAAAGCCAUGCAGGGCCUGACAGGGCGCAAAUUCGCCAACAGAGUGGUUGUCACCAAAUAUUGUGACCCCGACUCUUACCACCGCCGGGACUUCUGGUAGAGGUGGCCUGGGGAGGGUGGGGGCAGGGCUGGCUGGAGGCUUCUCUCCCGCCUGUCCCCCCCUUUCCCCCCUCUGAAGAUGAUGGGCAGAGGAGUGACAGCCGAAUGACAGCCUGACAGCCGGCAGCAACUGGAAUGGCAGCAAUUAAGGGUGGGGGGUGGGGGGUUGGGAGGUUAGGGCAGGGAAGGGACUGGGGAAGUGCACACAGGCCCACACAGACACGCACCCACACAGACACAGAGGGAAGGGGUUGGGAUGGGGACGGGUGCACAGCAGGGUGGGUAGGACCCCCACGGCCCCUCCCAAAACAGCCUUUUCUCCCUUACACCCCUUUUCUCCUCCCCUUUCCCAUGGUAGGAACAUAGUGUGUUUAUAUUUUAUGGCCAAACUUUUGAAUUUUGUUGUCCCGCCCUCAGUGCCCUGCCUUCUCCCCUUUGUAGGACCACAGCUCCCGUCCUCUGGUCCUCCCUGUUCCCUGCCCUGGUUUCCCUGGUUUCUUAAGUAGUUGGUUCUCUUUGGCCUUUCCCGACUCGCUCCCCCCUCCCCCCAGUCCCGUGGCCCCUGGCCCUCUCCUCCUCUCUGUGGCAGUUUCAUAUUUGCUAAGACGAAUUUGCUCAUUAAACAUUUUGUUGUAUUUUACUUUAUGGA